AUGGAUUACUAUGAUUGUCAGCAUUUUGCGACUGAAUUUUUCCUACGAUUCGUUAUACUGAUUAAGGCCGAUAACGAAGAACAGACUAUAACUGAUAUUGUUGAAGAUUCCGGCCCUUGCAUCAACGGCACAAAAACACUAAACGAAGCUGACUGCACCUUAUACUUUGAAUGCGUUAACGGGAAAAAGGAGAUACGGUUAUGUAACGCUGGAACUUUUUUCAACCCAAUGGAACAAAGUUGUCAAGCCAAUUACGUUUGCCCAAAUAGACCACUUCAGCAAGAAGAAAUUUCAAGGAUUACUGUACUACCAGAACUUGAAUGCCAUGACGGAGAACUUCGGACUGACCCAGAAAAUUGUAGAGCCUACUACGAAUGCGCAAGAGUGAAUGGGCAAAGAAAACUUAUCAAAAAAUUAUGUCCGGAAGCAUAUUCCUUUAGUUUAAACAUGAAGCGCUGUGUACCGGGCAUAUGCUUUGGAGCUGCUCACUUUGCGCCCGCAUCAAAAACGGUACCAUCAAAACCGACGAUACCACCCCGUAGUAAUGCAACGCCGUGCGAAGAAAGCAGUGGAAUCACUGGCUUCCGAGCAGAUAACCUGGAUGCUCGGCGAUAUUAUCAGUGUGCGCAAGGACGAUGGAUACAUAUGGACUGCCCAGUUGGUUUGCACUGGAACCCAAGAGCGUUAGUGUGUGACUGGCCAAAGAAAACUGUAUGCGAUACAAAGACUAGAUGUUCAUAA